AUGGGGAGGCGAAAGAUAGAGAUGGCUAUGGUGAAGGACGGCAGCUCCAGGCAGGUAACCUUCUCCAAGCGCCGAAACGGCGUUUUUAAGAAAGCGAACGAGCUCGCUACUUUAUGCGGUGCAGAAGUAGCCGUAGUUGCUUUCUCUCCGGGUGGAAAGCCAUUCUCCUUCGGCCAACCUAGCGUUGGGGCUGUUUCAGACCGGUUCCUCCAUCGGGACCAAAGAAAACCCAAUCAUGGUAAAACUGUUGUUGGUUCUUCCAAGGAUGGUGCCAAGGUGAGCAUCCUUACUCAGCAACUUAAUGAGCUGCUUAAGCAGUUGUAUGAUGAGAAAAAAAGGGGAGAGAUGCUUGAGAAAGCGAAGGAGAAAAGCGGAUACAAAGCACCGAUCAUCAAUGAGAUGGGUUUGCAGGAACUUGGAGAAUUGAAGGGAUCGCUGGAGAGGCUUAGGGAAGAUAUAAAAGCACGAGUCAAUGAGAUGGAGGCAUCAUCUUCGUUGCUGCUCCUGGCAAAGAAACCUGUCCAUGAAUCUGAAAGGCCAGUUGCUAAAAAAGUUGCCAAGUCUUAUAUUUGA